CAAACACGUGUUUCACUGGGACAAUAGUGAAUGGUGCACACCUGCUUCGCCAAGCCACAGAACAAAAAGUCACAUUUAACAGUUGCUGGUGUAACAAUUGGAAGAACAUAUUUGACUCAUCUCUUGUACAUGCGGCUAAUGAGAUACACAUUGAACUAGAUCCAUGGACGAUAUACGAUGUAGUGGACGGCUAAAAAGAAAAGCAGAGCAGACCCAUGACGAUGAGCCACCACAAAAAAGGAAGAAGACCCCGCUGGAGAGAACACAUGAAUAUCGAGAGAACAUAAAAAAGGAUUCUGAACAGUACAACAUUUUCCGACAGCAUGAGAAUUUUAGGAAUAGGCUGUAUCGCGAACGUCGAAGCGAAGAAGCGAUUGUCAGAGACAGGGAGCUUGCUCGUGUAAGGGCACAGCGCUAUAGAGAGCGGAAAAAAGAUAAUCCUUCGAAUGAACCACGGAAAACUAGAAAGGCUGCAGAAAAGACUAUGACAGACAAUUGUAACAAGGUUAAAAAUUGGCGGGCUAAUCUGAGUGAUGAAAAGAAAGAAGAAAUUAAACGCAAACGAAGAGAGGCGUAUGCGGCAAAGAAGAAGAAAGAAAGAACGCGGAAUUCAAAUGUUAAUCCUGGCCCUAAUAGUCCGCAGACUUUUAGCCCACAUCCCAGUGAUCGUUCCAGUAUUAGUCAAAGCCAUACUCCCCAAGACUCGCAGUCGCCAGAAACUCCAAAAGGUGGGAAUAGUGUUAGGCAGGCUCGCCAUAGAUUUAGACGACAGCUGAUGAAAAUGUUACCAUCAUCAAGAAAUACGAGGGCAGAUGUGUUAAGUAACGGCAUUCAAAUGCUGUCGCCUCGUUCAAGACAGGCCUUGGAUAAAAAGAUUCAUAUCAUCAGUCCAAAAUCAAGGAAAAAGUUGAUGAUCUGUAAAGAUGUGUCCUCUGCUGUUAAGCGUCAAUUUGAACAAAUUAAACACAAACGGUCCACCAAAGAUCUAAUUGUACGACGACUCAUCGCAAAUGCCGUCAAGCAAAAUCGCGAUGCAUUGGACUAUUUCAAUGUAAGCCGAAAACUGAAAAAAAGGAUGGACUCAAAAACUCCAUUGACAGUCACCCCAGCCACUGAUGGUAACGUCCCGGCUCCACUGACAUUCACCCCAGCCACUGAUGACGUCUGUGAAGAACAUCUUCACUCUGAGCAACAGAAGUGGAGCUUCAGGGUGGUAACGGAGGAGCCACAGCCUUUCCACAUUAAGAAGGAAGAGGAAUACCCACUGAUUCCACAUUUUACAAAGGAAGAGGAGGACUCACUUACCGCUCACAUUAAAAAGGAAGAGGACCCACUGACCCCUCACGUUAAAGAGGAAGAGGAGGACCCACUGACCCCUCACAAUAAAGAGGGAGAGGAGGACCCACUGACCCCUCACAUUAAGGAGGAAGAAGAGGACCCACUGACCCCUCACAUUAAGGAGGAAGAGGAGGAACACAGCAUCAGUCAGGAGGGAGAGCAUCUUAAAGGACUGGAGGAGGUUGAUGUCACCAAGAUGCCAUUGACUGGUGUGAUUGUGAAGAGUGAAUAUGAUGAGUUGAAAGUGAGGAGAAGAGAGAGGCGGAGCAUCCAAGCAGCAGCUCAACUCAACACAUGACAACAGAAGCUGAUGGAGACCACUGUGGAGGAUCACAAGCAGACAAGAUCUUAGCUCCACUAUCAGAUAGUGACGACACAACGUCUCACUCUCCUGACACUGAUGAUGAAGACUCUGAAGAUGAUAAGACAUGUCACACUGACAACACACACUUGACAUGUUGUCACUGUGACAAAACUUUAAAAUGGCGUAGUAAUCUGAAAGUACACGAGAAUACACACGGGAAAAACCCUUUUCCUGCACAUAAUGUGGUAAAUGUUUUGCACAAAAUAGUUGUCUGAAAAUACACACAAGAAUGCACACUGGAGAAAAACCGUAUUCCUGUUCAGUCUGUGGUAAAGAUUUUGCAGGAAAUGAUCAUCUGAAAAUGCACGUAAGAUUGCACACGGGAGAAAAAACAUUUUCCUGUCCAGUCUGUAGUAAAGGUUUUAUACAAAGUGAGACUCUUUAAGUACACUGGAGACAAACCAUUCACCUAGAAGACAUUAUUGAUAAUGCAGAGCAGAAAGCACACUGGUGAAAAUCCUUUUAUCAGCUCAGUCGGCUUUAAGGGUUUCAUAGACAGUCUAACUUUGAAAAGACUCACGAAAAGACACACACUCAAGAG